AUGAACAUCUUGAUCCAGAGCGAACGAGAUGUGGCUGGUCAAAUUCCACUUAACUAUGUGACGAACCCGGCUGUGUCACUAUCAGCUGCCUGCUUUGGAAACCGCAUUUAUGAUCUAGAAGACGCUGCAAAAUGUUUUUCUAACCUUCUCGCAAUCGGGUACCGACGUUUCGCCGUUGAUCUAUAUUGGUCGGUCAACCGUAGGACUUGGUCUUUCUGUCCGGUAUCUGUUCCAGUUGUAUCUGGAGUGACUGUGACCUCAGAGACAUCCACAACCACGGCAACAGCUAGUUCGGACUCUGCGACUGUCACCGGUUAUGCCGAUUCCCAUGGACACACUCUUUAUGAACUAGGCUCAUACAAGUGCACCGACGGCCUCGAUCCCUACGCCUUGGCGGAAGUGCUUGUGGGUUAUUUCCGAGAUACAAACUCACGUUUGACGGUGUACACAACGUAUCUCGUUCUCAAUCUCCAUGUCGCUGCAAGUGACUCCACGCCAGAUGAGCUGGCUUCUGCCAUAUCAGGAGAUCAACUGCCAUCGGGAACUGAGCUAGCCGGCUCAAUUCUUGGGAUGGCUCUUGAGGACUUUAUCUAUAGCCCGGCUCAGCUUGCCUCGGACCGAAGCAAUUUAAACCAGUCGUGGUAUAAGGUCGAGCAGGGCUAUUUGCCCAUCACAGAGUACUUCACCGUCCAUGAAAAUAAAGCGGGUGAGCAGAGCACCCCAGAUGGCUGGCCAUCAUCAAAGUAUAUUCAGCUCGCAAAACGUGACCGAGUGCUCAUCGAAUACGGCUCUAUUGAUUCCCAACUGGUGAAAUGCAAUCUGUCUACUGAAGAAAAUUUGGUCUUUCCUCCUGGUUAUCUGACUUCCAAUGUGAAGAUCUCCGCAGCCACCAACGGCAGUGUUACUUCAAACUGUCUGUAUGAGUCUGGGCUCACACGCGUGCCCCAAACUUACUCAUCAUGGGCUAUAUCUAGCCCCCUCCCUGUCCCCGAUGGUCUUUCCACAGAUGAGACGAUGGGCUCACUAUCAAACUUUCUCUCUAGCAUUACAGCUUGUGGUCUCUCGCCAAUGCUCAACACCACCCUCUUCGAUCAAACUGCAGACCAACAAGUUGAAUAUUACCGUAAUGUCUCCCUCUCCUCUUCCUGGGCUUGGGCCGUUGGCCAGCCACACGAUGCAAAAUAUGGCGGUGGCGACGGUGAUCCCAAGUAUGAUCGCUGUGCGGUCAUGGACCUAACGCUGAACGGCCGCUGGCGAUCCACGAACUGCACUGAACAGCGGUAUGGCGCCUGUCGAAUCGGCAAUUCGCCUUUCUCUUGGGUCCUGUCAGACACGGCCGAACAUUUCUCCAACUUGUCGAACACCUGUCCUCCAGGAUCGAGCUUCGCUGUACCCCGCACUGGUCUCGAAAACACGCAUCUCUACAGACAUAUUCUCUCUCUGCCAGAGACAAAAAUCGACCUGAGUUCCACAGAUCCCGCCCUUCGAGAGGUCUUUGUAGACUUUAACUCAAUAGAUGUUACAUCCUGCUGGGUAUCCGGUGGCUAUAAGGCCAGGUGUCCUUAUGCCUCCGAUCCGCAGCAACUCGAGCGCAAAACUGUGCUUGUAGCCGCGAUUGCGGGUAUCAUCGUUCUUCUUAUCACAGCCCUGACUUUCUUUGUCAAGUGCAACGCCAACCGCCGAAAUUCCCGGCGCAGAAGGCGUGUCAUCGAAGGAUGGGAAUAUGAAGGUAUUCCCUCCUGA